ACUGGGCGGAUUGCAAUCUGGUGCCACUUAGAAUCAAUCGGAAAUUUGAAUUUAAGCGUAAUACAUAAAUCAAAUCUCUUUUGUAGAUUUGAAUACGUAGAUAAAACUUCUAAUUUUAUUGAAAUAGUCUACGUUGAAUAAAAUACAACGUUCGAAUAUAUCUUACAAUUGUCAAAAUUCAUUGUGAUAGGUUAUGUGAUAGGUUAGUUUGUUAACUCUUCCGAAAAAAAGUGUACAUAAUAAUUCAAUUGCGAAUUCAAACAAUAAUUUCCUACUUUAAAUUAUGCAAACAAAAGACGAAAAACAAUUUUACAGAUAGCAAUAUUAUUUUUAUUCUCGUGAUAUAAAAUGGGACAGUUUCAAGAUAACAUGACGGGUAAUCGUGAAAAGUUCGACGAGAAAAGUGAAAACGGAUUGAUUCUUGCCGACAAGUAUCUACCUCAGGAAUUAUUGGCGGAAAUUUUCUGCUAUCUCGAUAACAAGUCAUUAUUGAAUUGUCAACUUGUGUGCGUACGUUGGAAAAUUUUAAUCCAAAGUUAUGUGUGGCGUAAAAAGGCAAACAUUUUGCUUGGCCGAUUAUUUUUGCUAGAUGAAGACGUGCAUUGGCAUGUAUCGUAUUUAAUAUGUAAGAAGAAACCUUUCGAAAAAAACUUGGUAAUAAAUCAUUCCGGGGAACAUGGGAUACAAAAGUAUUGGAAGAUCCUUAGCCAAGGAGGUGACCGGUGGGCAGUUGAAAAUCCUCCGCUAGGAGUUCCACCUCUACCAAACGACGAACCUCUGUUCGGUGGAAAGCAAGUUUGCUUCAGUACUUCCUAUCACCAUUGCUCCAAAAUGCAAACGAUCGAUCUAGUAGACGCAGGACUGAUGGAAUAUGUUUUAGAUACUUUACAACCUUCGAUAGUGGUAAGCGAAUGGUACAGUUGUCGAUGGGAUUGUCCAGCCGUUUAUGAGUGCGCUAUCAAAUUGUUCGAUAAACAUAACGAAGUGAUAGAUUCCUUUAAGUUUCGUGAUAUUAUCGAAGGAGAGAAACAAAAUAAAUGGCACAAAGUGUCGCACGAGUUUUCAAAUUACGGGCCUGGGCUUAGAAAAAUUUUGUUUUAUCACGGAGGCUCGGAUCGGUUAUUUUGGGCUGGACAUUACGGGAGUAAAAUGGCAGGUGCGUGUGUUUACAUGAAAAUUCCUACUACGAAACAUUCUGAGAGCGAGGAAAGUACAUUGGAUAUAGAUAUAGAUUAAUACAUGUUUUUAAAAUGAGAGAAGUACUUAAACGAAAUUUCUUCAAAAGCUCAUGAAAAAUAUGAACAACAUUUAUACGAUGUUCAAAUUUUUAAUAGAUUUCAAAUUCUAUCCGAACACUUAACGCUAAGAUGAUAUUUAUAAGUAUAUAUAAACAUACGUUCUAUUGAAAUUAUGAGCUACGCUAAAUAUUUGUUAACUUGUAAAUAAAAGUUAUAAUAUAAUAUAAAUUACGAGCAUGAGUGAGGUAUGAUAGUUAAGUAAUAAUAUUUGUAUGGGUUUUGUUUCGGAACUGCCGUUACGAAGACAAAAACGGACGCGACGCGCGUGACUCACUCGUUCACACCGAAUAAACGUGAAUCUGAUUUCGCAAGUUCUAUCGUUCUAAGACUUUCGUUUGCCAUAGUUCAUCCUCCUACGCCGGUGAGCCCUGCCCUGAUUCCACAUCCACAAC